GGAGAAUUGCAUGCGCCGGGGCCAACUUCAGCCAAAAACGCGAUUCCGCUCGCUUAUAUAAGCUCGCGUUCCCGUCAAUCCUGUCAACUUUUGUUGUCAGUCGCAUGUGCCCGACUUUUUCACUUUCCAUACUCUCCCUUGUGUCAUCGGACUGGAAAAUACUCAUUCAUUUACACUGCGGAGACUCUCAAGCUCAUUUGUUGCUCCUCGUUCCUCCGUCAUGGCCACCGAGGAAGACAUUGCCCGGCUUGCGGAGAGCGCUCUGACCGAGGCGGGCUUCACAAUCUGCCCAGAAGUAACCCAACCGCAGCCCUUCCCGCUCAAAUCAAGGGACAACAUCAGCGUCAGCGUUCCCAAAGGCGACAAAGCACACCCAGCGGACGGCGAGAGAAGCCCCAACGCCGCGAUCACAACUGCAUCUCCUGCUUUGCAAGCCGCAACCGCCGCCGAGCGCAUCUACGGCCGACCACCGACGCCAAGCGCGCGGAGCAGCCGCACGAGUCUGAUCGGCGGCAAGGCGAAGGUCGAGAAAGUCGCGGACGUGCGGAAGAAGAAUGAUGCGAAACAGGAGGCGGGGCCUACCUUCUUUAUCCCGGCCAUGUUUGGGCAUGUGUUUGCAACGAUCACAAAGAAGCAGCCGGAUCGGAAAGGGAGUAGUAAGAAGCUGGUUCAGGAGCCGCCGGUCGAGAGCGAGGUUUAUAUUCGUUCGCCUCAUGGCUUCAGCUCGCACCGCGUCAGCGCCGCCAUCACAUCCGACUCACCGAUUGUACACGCCGCUCUCCGGGCGUACCUGUCGCAGCCAUGGGUAACGGCCAGUCUGCGUUCAGCAGGAUUCCUGCACUCGCCACCGCAUACAGAGGAAGAGUCCGACGAGAUUGCGGAUCUUGCAGCGAUGGCGGAGCAGGAGACGUGUUUGGUGCGUAGCAACCCGGUGCCGAUGCUGGAGGCGCUGGAUCCGGUGUGGCGGGCGGAGGACAAGGUGGACCAUGUUGUGGUGGAUGUGAUCACACAGCUUGGCAACGGGGCGGAAAAUGUGGGUGCAGCCCCGGCGCCUCCUGCGGCGCUCAUGGACGCCUUUGGUGGGACCACGCUACACGAAUUCAUCUCACCCGAGAAGGAGUGCCGAGCGUUCGUCGAUCUCGGUCUCUGCAUGCCAGCCCCGAAAACAAUAGACAGCGGGAUCGCGAAGGAGUCCGAGAGGACGCCGCCGACACACAUCGACAGCCCAAAAGUCCGCGGCACACUACUAGAAAUGAUGGCAAUAGAAAGAUCUUUCAACGGGAAACUGAAGCUGUAUCAGAAGGGCUACGUGCUUCGACUGACGGGAGGUCGGGUGCGGCCUAGUGUAGGCAGUCGUGAAUUUCUCCGGCAGAUCGCGCCGGACAUGGCCGAGCUGGUGGCCGUGUCGGAUCAGAUGCUCCAGCAACUGGGCGACCUCGCCAAUGAGCAAGGCAUGAGUCGCUUCUGCGAUGCGUUUGCGGAUAUACUUACGAGCCCGAAUAGCGUGAAGGCCUACUCAGCCUAUGCCAGACGCCUGGCGGUCGCCGUGGCGCGGGACCCUAAGACAAACCCCGAUUUCCAAGAGUUCAUUACCGAUUGUAGCACUCGCCUCGAGGAGUCCGAUGGCGUACCGACGUCGUUUAGCGAUUUGAGGUUCCUGCCCUCCCAAAGACCGUUCCAGUACAAGCUCGGGUUUGAGAAUUUGAUGAAGUUGUUGCCCGGGGACCAUCAAGCCCGCCCGCAUGUCCGUGGCGCCCUGGACGCUGUGUGCAGUCUAUUGGCCGUGAUGGAGGAUUAUCAGAAGAAGGCGGAGGAGGAUCAACUGCCGUUGGCUAUGGACUGCGUUUUCAAGACCGGGGGCACCCUCGCCAAAGCGGGUACACUGUUCCUCUUCGAGCUACGAGCCCAAACACUGGAUAAUCUAGUGAGCAGCACACCCUGCGAAGCAGUCACGCUGCUCCUUUUCUCGACCUGCGUGCUCGUCGCGGUGCGCGGGCCUGCGAAUCCGAAACAGUCUACGAGAAGGAAGAGAUCCCCAUAUGAGGAGAAUUAUGUGUAUGAGCUGCAGAAGAUGGUGCUUGCGAAUCUCAAUGAGCAUGACUUCAUAAUCGGCCUCAAGGACAUCAUAGACGGCACCCGCGCCAUCCGGGCCGAAAACAUCUCCCGCAAGAACGAGUUCCUGCGAGCCGCGCGGAACGCCCAGAUCUAUCUCUUAACCAAACCGAAUAAGGGACCGAAAUCGCAAACGGUACAGAAACCGCUUGCGGUGUAUGCGCAGACCUGGAAUGGCGUGGAUGUGUACUAUAAUCAUCUGGCCGGGUUGACUGGAGGGCGUUUGGGAUCUAUCGGCCUGAUUGUAUGCCCGGCCGGGUCCAACGUCUGGGACAUCGUAGCCAAAGUCAAAGGAUCGUACCACGCACUCGGAAUCGUACAGUACGCAGACGACGGGCGUACAUGGCUCCAUCUUGCCGCGCCACGGGAGUUUGCCACGGCUGAGACGCCGUACACGGAGUUGAGCGACUAUACGGCCGCGGAGAAGUGCGUUGCUGUGGGUGGUGUUCGACGGAGGGUGUUGGAGGAAGGUGAGUAGCGAGGUGUCCACCACGGAAUUUCUCCAUGCAUCACAUGUCAAUCGUCGUCCAUUCUGCCCUCCUGCGUAUCCACUCACAUCUCAC